AUAAUAUUCGACAGCUUUACAGUUGGCCGCUUUGAUGAAGGCAUGGUCGAUACAGAUAUAGAUGGUUAUGAAACAAAUUUAAGUCCAACAGGAGAACUACCAGGCUGUCCUGAAGGAUUUAUGCAAAGCAGUUAUGGGUUAACCACUACCACACAUGAACUGAAUCCUGUGGGUAAUUCUUGUCAGUAA